CACGACUGUCAUCUCAUACGGAAUAUCUGUCAUAUAAAAAAAUUUUGUGUUAAGAACGAAAAUACGCAAAAUAUUCUGGUCAUUCUAAUUAAAUUCGAAUCUAGAAGAUUCAAUUUGAUUGUUCAUAGCUAAGCAAUGGCUACAGUAAAAUUGUUUCAAGUUGCACGCAACGGAUCUCGACACUUGCGCCCAAUCACCCAGUAUCGAUGCACGUCAACAUCGCCAGAUAAGCCCACUCCCGGCUAUAUGUAUGUCAACAAUAAACUUCCCAGCAUGGAAAUGGCAGAAAUUACCGAUCGUGCUUCGCAAACAAUUUUUUGGACUGAACUGUUCAGAGGCUUGGGCGUUACGAUGGCGCAUAUAUUCAAGGAACCCGCUACGAUCAACUAUCCGUUCGAGAAGGGACCGUUGAGUCCCCGAUUUCGCGGUGAGCAUGCAUUGAGACGCUAUCCGAGUGGUGAAGAACGGUGUAUCGCUUGCAAACUGUGCGAAGCAAUUUGUCCAGCCCAAGCGAUUACGAUCGAAGCAGAAGAACGGGCUGACGGCAGUCGUCGGACCACUCGCUACGACAUCGACAUGACGAAAUGCAUUUACUGUGGAUUUUGUCAGGAAGCAUGUCCGGUUGAUGCAAUUGUCGAAGGACCGAAUUUCGAAUUCUCAACAGAAACACACGAAGAAUUGUUGUACAACAAAGAGAAACUGCUGAACAACGGCGACAAAUGGGAGUCCGAAAUAGCAUCCAAUAUUCAAGCAGAUCAUUUGUAUCGUUAGAACUACCUGGUUAGGUGGAAUGCAUUGAAUGCCUGGUAGAAGCGGCAAAUUGUAAAUAGAACAAGACAGCCGCGAAUAAAAAACAAUGAAAAAACGACAAA